ACGUCUCAAGUCGGUUAAGUCAGUUGGUAUUCCAGUAUCCCGAACAAAAUGUUCUCCCUUUGCGUCUUCUCGAUCCGUGGCUUUUUGAUGAAACGCGCGAAAUAAAUUAUUUCUUUCUUAAAGAUGAAAACUUUACAUUUUGGUGUUUGCAGUAGCAACUACGCACAAUAGCACAGUGCGGAUUCGAGCGAAUUAAGAAAUUGAAAGAUCGAACAGUGCAAAGAUUCGUACGAUCAACGUUUCGUUGAUUAUCACAACUGAUUUAUAUAAAAUGUAAUUCGUCAGAAAGUAAAUGGUAUUCUACAAAUCGAAAAAAUGUUUCCAUUUUUUAAAAAGAAUUACGAACCAACGAACUCUUUGAUGGUCACAUUAUUGAAUCGAUGAAACAUAGUGACUUAAUGUUGAAAUGAUUUAGAAAAGGAGAAUAAAAAAGAAGAUAAGACGUUUAGGAAUUAAUCGGACUAACUCGGAGCAAAAUGAUCGGUGCGAAUGUGGACCAGCAUGGUAACAACAUAAUAGCGUCGCAAUCAACGAAUCAUGCGUCGCAAGAUUUCACUGUUUCACGACUUUUAUCAACGUCGACGAUGCAUUCGUUAGAAAAAAAAAAGAAAGAAAGAAAAAACUUUUCUAAAAUACACAUAGAGUGUCACACUGAAGGAACGUCGACGACUGGAAGUAGGAGACCAAGGAGAAGUAGGACAACCUUCUCGGCGCAACAGUUGGCCGCAUUAGAAAGGGUUUUCGAAAGGACACAUUAUCCCGAUGCUUUUGUUCGCGAGGAACUCGCUACUAGAGUAUCCUUAUCGGAGGCAAGAGUUCAGGUAUGGUUUCAAAAUAGACGCGCCAAAUUCCGGCGAAACGAAAGAAGUUCGGUACUUAAUCGUGGCACUUGUACAAGCAGAGAAUUGGAAACGACCACUUUACCACUUCGACCGAUAAGAGUAAGCAGUCACAUGCACGAAAACAAUUCGGAAAAUAAUUCCUUCCAAGCGCAGCAGCUUCCACAUUAUUCCUAUAGCGAAUACUGGAGAUCUCCUCAACAUUAUACCACCGUUCAAAGCAGUAAUUGUCACGGAUUUGUUAACGCUAAUCUUGGGAACGUACCUGCUCUACCAUCAUAUCAUCAAUCAGCAGAAAUUCACAGUGCUGUCGAAGGAACGACUAUAACUGGUCUAAGCGCAUUGAGAUUGAGAUCGCAUCCUUACAGUGCUACCUACUCCGCCAUGCACGCGAGCAUGUGACUCUUUUUCUCUUAUUUCUUCUCCGAUAUUGUCAUUUAUUUUUGACCAAUCAAAUCAAAAUCAAAGAAUUCUGCGAUGUUCAAAUCUACACGUCCUCGAUAAUAAUUUUAUUUCGUCCUGCUUUCUUUCGUCCACAAGAUUCUAGCGCUUGCACAGGAUUCGUUCGUUAAAACCAAAGAUACUUUCACUUUCAACUGUAAUCAAUGACGUAGAAAAGACUUAUAAUUAAAAGUCGAGUUAAUUAAUAGUCAAGACUUUUCUUAAUUACUACAAGUUUUCUAAACAGGGUAUAUAGAUACAUAGAUACAUACAUAUAUAUGUUUAUACGUUGUAUAAACCGUGAGGAGAGCUAAGGAUAUCGUAUACAAGGUAUACAUAAUAAUUCCUUAACGAGAUUUACUGUAUUGUGUAUAUAGAUAUCCAUGUAUACUUGAUCAAAUGGGAUAAUAUGCGAAUGCAUGUAGUAUUAGCAGUCGGAUAGAUUAAACACAAGUAUAACUUUCUUAAUAAUA